UGUUGCAGCUUUUGAAUACCUCAACACAGCCUCUCAGCUGUGGGCAGAGGUAUGAAAAACUCCUGGCUCUCUCUGGCUCCCUCAACCAAAUGAGGGAGGGCCUAUAUUUGCCAAGCACGCCAGUAUUAAAAUCUAAAAUGAUAGCUGAUGGAAGCUGUAAGGCAGAAGCAGGCUGAGUAUCCCCGAGAACGACUUGUGAACUAUUUAAUGACAUGUGAGAAAGAUAGUCUUUGGAAAUGUGAGCUGGCAGAUGCAACACAAUAUCAAGCUACUUGUCAGGACUUCAAGUUGCCUUCUGUUGGGACGCUUCCACCAUGGGAAUGCAAGAAAUGAAAACCAUCUCACUGCACUGAUUCGGUGUCGCCACAGCACCAUCGGGGCAGGGACAUGCCAAUUUCCUUUUUCAUCACAAAUGACUGAUGAGAAACUAGGCUGCGCUUUUCAUUUUUUCCCCUUCAGUCACUUGCAGAAGGAGCCUGGUGACAAGGGGUCAUCUUCUUAAGCAUUUCUCUCCUCAUUGUUUGCUGAGGAUGGCGUAGCUCUCGUGUAGAAACUGUGAAUUUUUUUUGAGCCAACGUAGCUUGCUGUUUUUGUGUUUUUGCAUUGGAGACAAAAGCAGGCCAUUAUGCAAUGGCAGAAGUUAAAGCCACCGGAGCCAGAUGAUCCUAUUUGUUGCUGUGAAUGCGAUCUCUACCAGUACGGAUGUUGCUGGGACUGCGAGGAUCUGGAUGAAGCCUUUAACAGGUGGCUGAAAGUACCAUCUAAAAGUACAUUUCAGUCUCCUGUAUUUGGUGCCAUGGCUGAAAAUCUGGAAAUUUCCCUGAUCCCAGCCCUGCUGAUGCUGCCUCUCCUGCUGAAGGUUGCAGCGUUGCACUACCUGCUGGGUAUAACCGUCCUGACAGCUCUGCCUGGCCUGGUGCUGUGGUACUACUAUGCAACGCACCGAAAGAAGAGACGCACCCUCUUCUUCCUCACCCUCGCAUUGUACUCUCUGGCCUACAUGUAUUACCUCUUCAUCACAGAGAUUUUACCGCGUGGGGACGUCAGCCAGCUGCAGAUGUGCACCGUGACCUCUGGGAUGAUCUUCACUAUAGUCUCUCUUAUUCACACCAAGAAAGGCCCAGGAUUUGUGACUGCUGCCCUUCACAACUCUCACAGUCAGGAGGAUAAAAAGGAGUCCACACAAGUAAAUAAUGGAUCUCUCCAAUCAGCAGCCUCUCCCUCAGGGACACCAGCAGAGCUGCAAACCCCAAAGGAGGGCCUCGGAGCAAAGUGGAGCAGGUGUCCUUUGUGCAAAAUAAUGCGACCACCGCGGGCUGGUCAUUGUCGAACCUGUGGCUCAUGUGUCCAGCGUUUGGACCACCAUUGUAUCUGGAUAAACAGCUGUGUAGGACAGGCAAACCAUCGCAGUUUCCUGCUGACCCUCUCUGUGUUUGUGUUGACCUCUCUGUACGGGAUCAGUUUGGUGCUUUGCAGCCUCUGUCCUCAUCAGUAUCUAAUGACAGCGCUCUUCUACUGCCCAGGCGUCUACACUCAGUCUAGCACAGCACUUUGCUUUACCUGUGCGUGGUACAGCAGCAUUGUCGCAGGUGGACUGCUUUACCUCUUGGUGGCACAAGUUCUCAAUAUCAGCUUUAACGUGACAGAGCGAGAGGCUCAGCUGGCUCUGAGGAACAAAACGGGCCAGAGCCGCCUGUGGGGACUCGUUGUUGACACAGGAGAGUAUUCUCGUGGCUUCUAUCAGAACUGGGUUGAGUUCCUCACCAUGACAGAUGCUUCAGCUUCUCCUCGGUCCAGCCUUACUGACUUGGUCUAGUUGUACUUAAUGCACUCGGUGACAUCGUGGUAAUACACUGUUCGUGCUGCAUGCAUGAAGAAUUCGAUUUCUUUUUUUUUUUCAAUACAUUCCAGGACUGCGGUACUAAUAGGAACAUGUUUUUAAUGACUGUUUAAAGAUGCAUAGAUGUGUUUGGGGUUUGGAUUUUUAGCAUCAUUUUCUGUUGAAGCUUUUGACCUGGACACAUGCAAGACAGUCUGUGGAUUUUGUGCCUUUUAUAAAAUUUAAUCGAAGACUGCAGACAUUAUAGCCUGCCUUUUUAUACACGUGCAGAAAGUAAGAAGGAAAUAUGUUGUCUUUAUAAAAAAAAAUAAUCUCACUGCAUGCAAGUCAAAAAAAUCUAAUAAACUUCAAAAUGAUACAAAAAAAACAUUAAAUGAUUCUGGAGUUCAAAUCAAAGAAGAUAAACCAGAAACAAAACUGCCGGAUUCAAGACUAGAUAGCUGUCCUUUACUAAUUUAAUAUCCAGUAGCAACGUGGUUUGGCCCUAAGAUGGCAUCAGAGGGAAAGCCAAAGAAAAGCAAAUGGUCACUUUUGACCCGUUCUGCAGACAUGCACUCAGUAAAUACUGACACCACUGUACUGGUCAAGUUGGAAAUUUAAAAAGAAACAAAGAUAUAUUAAAACAAUUAAUAAGAAGGCAAGAAAAACGAGUUAUAGAAGGAUCUGUAUCUGUGAGAAGAGGCCUAACUAAUACAGAACAAAGAGGCUAGCUUAGCUCAGUGUAGGAUGUUAAAAUAAUGUCUAAAAUAUGUUGCAUGUGAUGGUUAGAGCAAG